AUAUUCAUGAACAUUUAUAAAACAGACACUUACAUGAAAUAUCACAAAUCUACAUAAAAAUCCGUUUUAACACACUCUACCAUUACAGUUUCGAUGUUUAGUAUGAGACAAGAGUUUAUGAACAAUCGGUGCAGCAUUAACUGUUUAAAAUUGAGAUUUUGCAAAACAUUCAUUAUGAACCAAUAGAGCAAAUAAAAAAGAAAAAACAAGGUUUCCUCCUCUGCUCUAUCUCAAAAUAAUGGAUCUCUUGAAGAAAGACGAAUUGACACAAUUACUUUCACAGAUGAACAUCGAGGUAAAUAAUGAAUGGAGUAAUGUUCUUGAGCUCCACCAAGAACUCCAAAAAUUGCUGAACAGCUGUAACACAGAAGCACGACAUUCUUGGGCAAUUAUCGAUAAAGUAAGAAGAAGUGCUUCGACGGUCACACUUGAGCUGAGCGAUUUAGAAAAGGAGUUGAGCAAUGACAUUACACUAUCGACAAAUUAUAGAUUCACCUCCGAUGUCGAUUCGUCAAAUUCACAUCCAAAAUCUGAUUUGAAAUAUGUCAAAACUUCUUCUUGCCACACGUCCCUUCUAUCACUGUUUCAUCUACCCAUGCCAGAAAGUGAUACUUUAACAAAAAAUGUUGAAGGACUUGCUGAAGCAGAUUUGAGACAAAUGCAAUUUCAGUUUGAACAGGAGGGUAAUUUCGAACAAUGCAAAUCCAGCGACGGCCCCUGUAAAAACUGUAUGGAAAGCUUUAUGGAAGAUGGUAAGAGCCAUGAAGUUAAUACAAAAAAUUUAGAUGGAGUUUUAACAAAUGACAGUAAUAGCAUUUGGUUGACAGAUGAAAGCAAAAACAGCUGCCAAAAAAGCACAGCUAUCAGUAUCAUAAAAGAUGAUUUUUUAAAAUGUGAAAAUGAAUACAUUCAUCAGCUCAGACGACAAUACCUUGAAAAAAGAGACAAUGAUACAAUGUUGGAUAAAAAUAGACUGUUUUACAAAAUGGCAAACAAUUAUAAACCUAUUGGGUACAAUUCAAUAGGAAUAGAGAGUUCUCAGACAAAUUCCAAUAAUGUUGAAAGUGACACAACUAACAAUACUGUACAUUUAUAUAAAGAGCAUACAUUGUACAAAGUUUGUUUGCCACCAGAGAUAAUCGAUUCCCCCCAAACAAACAAUCUAUUUUUAAGGAACUGUAAAUCACUAAAUGAUCUGUAUAGUUCAAGUGAUGAAGUAUUUGAACAGACAUCUACCACUGUACUCAAUGUAGAACAAAUCAGAGAAAAAAGAAGUUACGAAUGCCCAAAAUGGUUUGAAAUUCCAAAGUGUAUAAGCGAAAUAUGUGUCCAAUCAGCAAGAUGCUACUUUCCAGGGAAAACUUGUAAAUUGGGCAAUGUUAGCGGUUUAACAAAACCAAAACUCAAAAAAUCAGAAGGUAAAUGUUGCAUAAGGUGUAAAAAAUCGAUACAAGAUAUCAAUCGUGUAAAAUGGGAAAAUGAAACUGAAGUUCGCUACAUUGGGGAGAAAGAUUACAAUUUGUUCAAUUCUUUCCAUUCGGUUUUGCCAUUUAAUAAUAUACAGAAGAAUUGCUACAGAUGUAAGAAAGCAAUGCCAGAUGCAGAACCGCAAAGUUCAUUUCCUGAAUGCCAACAACCGGGAAAAAAUGUAGAGGACCAAGAUUGUGCCAAUUCCCCUAAAAACCAAGAGUUACCACCAAUACAACUGCCAAAAACACAAGAUCAAUGUUGCUACGUUGAACAAAAUCAUCUGUUAGGUAAUAAUGCUGAUAAGGAACUGAAGGAUCAGUUUUGCCAGACAGACACUAUUUGUGAUGUUUGUCAAGAAAAAAAACAAUGUAUGUACACCUUAAUAAAUAAAGAAAAACCUGAUGCCACAAAAAAUAGUGUUGCUUGUCAAAAUGAUGAAACUGAACGCCAACAAAAUAAUACACAUCUUUCUACAGCAGCAUCUGGCAUCAUAAAUGAUUUAAAAGAUUUAUCUGCUUCUAAACUUUGUAGCUGCCCAUCUGAGUUAAUCAAGAUUAAAGCGUUUCCUAUUCCAUUUGAAAAAGACUUUAAACCUUCUAAGGAAGAUUCUAAACCGGGCGAAUUGUGUGUAAGUGUAUUAAAUGCUAGCACAAAUAAAUAUAACCAAAAAUCCUUAGGAAUAAGCAAAAAAGAAGCUUUAAGGGAUAAAUGCGUUUCAGACAGAGAAAAAAAUACCAGGGUAUGUGAGGGUGAAAAAAAAGACAUACAACCUACAAAUCCAACAUCAUUUGCUGAAAAAAACAAAUCGCUCUGUACUGAUGGUACAACAAUGUAUAAUCCAUAUUUAGAUAAGGAUAAAAUAAACAAAAAAUGUGAACAGCCCAGACAAGAAAAUAUUCAAAGAUCACCCAGUUCUGACAAUGUUCCUGCAACUUUUCAUGGAAGACCACAUGAUUUGUAUAAAUUCAACAAUAGUUGUUACCAGCAAUCGCCUUAUGGCAAAGUUCCCAACGUUUUAACAGUAGAUAUGGAUAAAUUAACUAGAACAGAUGUAUUUACAAACCCUAUUUAUUCAAUUAAAUAUGACAAUUGCAAUACAGAAGAUGGAGACAUGAUUCAUGACACAACUAGCAUAAAAUGUACAUUUGAAUCAGAACCUAUUACAGAACGAACUGGCCCAGAAAUUUGUUGCGAUAAUAUAGAGAAUGUAAGAAACAUAGAGGAAUGUGGAUUUAAAAGAAAGCAAGAUAUGGGAGACUGUGGAAAGUUGCUUGGAGACCAACAUGAAGAUAAAAAGAAAAAAACAAAUAAAACCGGAAAAGGCAAAAUUAAACAAAAAAAUAUACAAAAUCCAAAAGUUAAUGUAUGUUCCGUAAAACCUAAAACGCAAAAAUAUUCAAACUUAGCAAGUGACAAGGGAAACACAUGUAUUUCUGGUACAGACAAUAAAAAAAAUGUUGAAGAAUGGCCACCCGAACCUAUGCCAUGUAAUGAAACAAAGUUACAGAAAUUAUGUAAAUGUCCUUGUAGGCCAAAAACAUAUGUCUCCCCAGCAAAAUUUGAUAUGAAUUCCAUAUGCCUUAAAGAUGAUCCCACUGUUCCAAUAUUGGAAAAUAUUCCCGACAGUACAAAAUUAUAUGAUGGGUGCCAAUGCCAGAAGGAAAACCAAGAUAUAACAGAAAAACAGUUUUAUUUUGAAAACCAAGAUGAAAGUUUAUUACUUCAAAAUGAAAAUAUGAAUGAAUAUGAAUGUGGGAGUACAAAAACAUCCCCCCAUUCAGGUGAAGAAACUAAACAAGAAUGUCCCAGUUACUUUCCCUCGCCAUGUGGAGUAAAAAUAAACUCAGGAUAUGAAAACAUAUGUAAUCUAAAGAAAAAUUCGGUUUGCAAUGCAAGUGAUACACGUAAACCAAUUCAACUAAAACAAAGCUGUAAUGCUGGUGUAAAUGGUAAAGAUUUUGAUGAAGGCCUAAAACAUGAAAUGGAAAAUGAACAAAAAAUUACACCCUUUACUGAUGAAAGUACUGAUUUUACUAAAUGCAAUUUUAUAAGGCCAACCGAUGGUUGCACAGGUGGUAAAAAUAUUGAAAAAAAUGAUAUAUGUGACCAAGUGAGCGAAGAUGUGAAUGAACCUUACAAUGUAAAACCAACAUGUAUUUUAUCUGGUAACAACGCUGAAUUGGAAUCACCAUAUGAUCUUGAUGGGGUAAAUGAUAAAGGGAAUGAGAAUUCCACUGAUAGUAAAAAUGAUAAAAGGAAGAGGAAUUCUGUUAACCGACUAAACGAUAACACUAAAUGUAAUUAUUUUAAUCGAGCGAAAGAUAAUUAUCUAAGCAAAAUGUCAUACAGAAGUGUGUCAGCAAAUCAGAGCACCACAUGCAAGUACAAUGCUCAAAUGUCGGAAGACGGUCCAAACAGAAAAUAUAAUUGCUCAUCUUGGAACAUUGGACAGCUAUGUAGAAGUGGCCAGUUUCCUGCAAACCAAAAAUGUACAAUUGGAGGGCAAUUUGGAACUAGUGAUUAUCUAAGGCAAUCAUGCUGGCAAAAAAGUGAAGAAUGUGACAAAAUUGCUCAGCUGCAGGAGUGUCUUAAGUUUAGAAUUAAUUCUGUUUGUAAACAGUCACAACAGCGCAAGAAGAAAUGUAACUGUAAACAGCUUAGAAACAAUUCAAACUGUCCAGAUCCAAAAAAGUUAGCUUAUCGUUAUUGUAAAUGUAAAAGAAAUUCCAAAAAUGCUAAACAAAUUCAACAUUGCAAAUUUUCACCACCAAAUGAUAGUUUUUUUAAAACAAAUGGAAGUAAAAAAGUUUUUGUUUCAAAGACUUUCUGUGCACACAAUGAUAUGAAAGUUUAUGCUACUACUUGCUUUACAGAUAAUUCAUCUAUACAACAAUUGCAGAAUAUUAUAGAGAAAUCACAAAAUGAAAGAAAUAAUGAUCAUGACACGGCCCAACCAAUCAAUGAUCAAAAUAAUGACCCCGGUCCAAGUAAUAAUGAAAUAGACAAUGUGAACAGCUUGAGUAAAUUUCCAUUUUAUAACGAAACUUUAUCUCAGUCUGAAAAUUAUGAAUGUUCCAACAAAAUAGUUAAAAGGGUUUUACAUAUUUCUAAAUGUGGUGGUUCAAAAAUAAAAUCCAAUUUUACUUCCAAAUUAACCAAAUAUAAACGUCAUUCUUAUUUGAAAAACAUUAAGCAUAUUAGAACUAGAAAGACAACUUUUUUACGGACAAAUAUUCCUAUCCAAGGAAAUAUUAAAUUGAGUAAGUCAAAACAAAUGGGAACAAGUCAAAGCAUUGUAAAUAAUGAGUCAGUUGCUAAUGUCGGUAAUGAUCUUUGGCAAAACUCCAACACUAAGAAAAAGGACACAUUAAGUUAUGUAGCAUUAACACCAUUCCACACAAAUAAAGGACAAUAUGCCAAUUCAAAAUCAUGUCUUUGUUUAACUAGUUUCUGUAAUAGUUUCUCAAAAAAACAGCCACCAAUGUGGCAAACGGGUUGUAUGCCUAAUAAUGUAUCACAACUUUCAGUUUACAAAAAAGACAAUUGCCCAAAACCAACAAUAAUUUGCAUGCAACCCACAACAAAUUAUUCUUCUACUUGUAAUUGUCAAUGCAAUAAAAAUAUAUGUCCAUUCAAAUAUGGAGCAAACAUGACAGGAAAUAACUGUGACCAAACAAAGCCAUAUGACUUUGCAAGGAAAGAAGACGGUGGGAAAAUUACACAGAAAAGACAAUUUGGAAAAAGGACAGAAGUAUGUGGUGAUAAAUCAGAGCAAUAUAUCGUUAAGCAGAAUUGUGAAGAUCAGAUUAUAGGACAAGAAAUCUCCCCCAAUGGAAAUCGAAAUUACAAUCUAACGGCAAAAGCGUCAGGUCGGUACAACAAAACGAAUGCCAAACAAGGUUAUGGUAACUCAAGAAAUAAUGGGGCAUUUUCUACAUGUCCGACUGAAUCCCGUUCAACAGAAGAUCAGUACAUAUGCCCAGAUAAGAUGCGCCAGAAUAAUAAUUUUUCAUCACCAAGAGGAAAACGUGGUCCUUACAGUACCACAGUCCGUGCUGAUAAAAAAGGUGAACAAACCCAAAACAAUUUUUGCAACAACCCUUGUCCAAAUAAACCUACUAGUGGAGCAUGUCCAUACCAAGGCGGUCAAGUAUGUCCAGUUUACAAUUUUGGGCAGAAUCGCGAUGAACAAAAUUUUCAAGUAUGUACAGACAGCUCUGGACAACAAAUGAUUAUGGAUGAAUGUGGUCGACCAAUUCCAUAUCCCAAAGAUGAUGGCUGCAACGCCCUCGCAAAACAGAAAAAAAAGAAAAAUGUAUGUCCCUCAAGCUGUGUAAAAGAUAUUUCUACUCCAAUGCCGGUUAACUGCAUCGAAAAUCGUUCGAAUAAACUUAGGCAAUUAAUGAAAAAAAUUAAAUCCUGCCCACCUAAGCCUUCAGGUUGCUUUACUUCUUGCCCAUUAAGCCCAAAGUGUGCACAGACAAAUCCUUGUAGUAAAAUGCCAACCACCACAUGUCAACCUCUGUCUCAGCUAUUUAAAAAGAGAUUUGCUUGUGUCAAACCACCAUCAAACAAAACUAUGUGUCCAUUUUAUCCACCAAUUCCUGGUAGGCAAUUAAUGGUGGCAUCUGGUCAGUGUGGUAGAAUAAGUCAAAAUUGCCUCAAUUCCUUAAAAACAUGUGAAAAUUUUGGAUUUUCAAAUUAUAGAAACAAAAUAUGUAACACUGCGACUAUUUUUAAUGACAAAAGUGAUACAGUCGAUUCGGCUAAUAUUUGUAAUGUAUUAGCAUUAUGUGAAAAUGUUUUUGGAGACUCAGAUGAGAGAUUUAAAUAUGUUUUUUCAAAUAAAAGAAACCCAAAAAUAAAUAAGAGCAACCCAAAAAUAAAUAUGUCAGUUACGAAUAGUGAUGUAUCUCCAGCAUCUAAGUCAUCUGCUGAACACAGUCCACUUAGAAUGGUCUCAAAGAUUGUACGAAAGACAAAAACACAACUGUGUCAAACAGAAAUUAGCAUUCCUAAAGAAGCUGGUCAGUCAAUAUCAAAUCCUCUUGACUCUCUUGUGAAGAGUGAUCGUGAGAAGCCGCAAAAUUUUGUAGUUAAAUCGGAUGAUAUUAAUUUGUCUGAAUUUAACAAAUUCGAUUCAAUUAACAAACAGACAUUUGAUGAACUACCAAAUAGUAAUUCUACAGAUAUUCAAUUGAGCGAAUCACCAGAUUAUAACUUCAAAAUUUCAUUUCAAAUACAAAAGCAAUGUAUGAAUAACAUUGCCAAUGCUGAUGAGGAAACAAAAAAAAUAGAUAAUAAGCUUAAAUCUGUUAUUGAAUCAAUCGAGAAUAAAAUGAGCAUAAAUAGAUCAGAUAAAAUGAAAGAGGAAAAUUUAUAUCUGAAUUGCAAAAAUUUAAACGUUAGGAAAAACAUUUCAACUUUUUGUUCACAAACUGAUGACUAUAAGUUAUCACUAAGUGACUUGCAUUCAAAAAAAGCCAGGAGAUUAAAGGAACAUCGAAAAACUUCUUCUAGUGUUAAAAGUAAAAAAAGGCAUACUGACAAAGUAAAUAUUAGGACCAAUAGCAGUAUAAAUAGUACUUUUACACAAAAUGAAGGAACGUAUAAAUUUUCUGAAAAUUUUUUGGUAAUGCCUUGUAGCUAUUCAGGUGUUAAAAACAACAAACAACAACAAGAAUGUGAACUCAAUGUUUCCUCUUUUCAACUGAAAACACAGUGCAAGGAUGAUCUGUCAGAUAUCUCCGAGGAAAUGUCCAGAACAAGCUUUGCAUGUGAUUGUUUGCCUACAGAAAAUAGAAAUAAAAAUGCAGUCAAUAAAACACCAAGUAAAUGUUUUUGUAAAGAAGUGCAAACUGAAAUAAAUUUUCUUAGUGCAGAUAGUAAUUUGAGUAAAUCUAAAAGUACCUGCGCACAAACAGAUGCUUGUGAGUGUUUUGCGAGAGAUGCAUGUGAACUCCUUGAUAUAAUAACAUCAUCGCUCUCCAAACAAAACAAACUAGUAUCAACAAUGAAUGACAAAAAUGCUCAAUGUAAUACAUUGUCAUCAUCAGACUCUUCAAGUCAACAAACAACAUCAUCAGAUACAAGCACAAGUCAACAUAAAAUUAGUAAUAAUUUAAAUACAAAUGGUAAUUCAACUGAAGAAAACAGCCAACAAAAUCAACAAUCAUUAGCUUUUAAUUGUACAUCACACUGUACAUUCACUAAAAAUCAUGAAUUUCCUUCUGAAAAUUGCAAUUCAAAACCAUUCUUUAUGUCAAAUGGACAUAAAUGUGAGCUUGCUGUACAAACUUCCCUCACUGACCAAGUCUCAGUCGUGCCGUCAGCAGUUACACUAUUUAAUAGUCCUAUUACCAGUGGCAACCAUUGCACAUUUUACACUAAACAAUGUGUGGCAGAAAGUUCCAAACAACUAGUUACACAAGAACAAUUGAAGUCAUUUAAACCUGACUCUACUAUUUUACCAAAUACACACAAUUUAGAACCCAAUGUUACUAGUGAUUCUGGAUCUGAUGCUAAGAAUGAAAAAAGUCCUUCUUUUCCUGAGAAAGUAUCUAUUGUCAGUGAAACCAAUUUUGCGGCAUGGACUCUACCAGACUUAAGAACAGUAAAAAAUGACUUACCAAGUAAACCUAUUUCCAGAAAAACCAAAUAUCAAAAUGAAUCUUUUUUCAGUCCUGCCAAAAAAAAGAAAAUAGAAGUUUUAACUUCAGAUUCAGUAAAUUCAGGAAAAGAUAGAUAUUACACAUCUUCCUUUGCAAAAUGGUCCUUACCCGAUCAUAGGACUUUCACGUCUCAAUCUACUUUUAAUAUACCCAUAAUUGAUUUUGAAGCUUCAGAGAAUAUGGCAGGUCAUGUAAGUAAAUCAUGUCCUCACUACCAAACUGGUACUACAUCACUGAAUGAAAAAGAAAAUUCCUCUGAUGAAAAUGAAAAUGAAAUAGCUGAAGAAUUAAGCUCUGAACAUGAAAAUAAUGUCAAUGCUAACGAUCUUCCUGAAAGUGAGAGUAAAGUAACACAAGGCACCAAUACAGCAGGCAAGAACAUUUUUGAAGGAAAUAAUGAUUAUCAACUGAUGCCACUUCUUAUUGAGAAUUGUUCUCCUGCCUCAAAAUAUAAUCAAGAUUCAAGUCAAACAGACAGCUUAGACCAAGAUGAAAUUAUCACAGGGUUAAAACAUUGUAAGCAACAUUGUUCAGAAUUGAAGUUGAUAUCAUGUGGUUGUCUUCCCUUUGACCCGAAAGAAGGUUUAUAUACUAAAUCAGAAAACAAUAAAGUAUGUGAAAAUGAAAAUUAUGCCCAUAUGAAUCAUGGCAUUUGUUCUAAACAAAAACUACCUGGUCGAAAUUCAGACAAAAGAUCUAAACUAAAGUUGCUAGAAACUGCAAAAGUAAUAGAUUCUAAAGAUAGAAAACGCAAGAAAAAAAUGUUAACAGAUACAAUCUAUCAUUCUUUAGAUAGAAAUAUUCAUAAGAAGAGAAACCAUGACAGUAUUGAAAAGCAAAAAGUUUAUUUGUUAAAUAUGAACAAAGAUAGAUUGUAUCCAUAUCUAAUGCCAUUAAAAGCAAAGAGAACAAAAAAAAUCUCAAACAACCCAAAUACAUGUUUGUUUCCAAAUGAGCAAAUUGAGAAAAUGGUAUACGUUCAACAAUUGGCUUUCAACGAACAGAUAAAAAAUACAGGCAUUCCUUCAUAUAUUUCCAAAAAAAACCACAAACAGUGGAUACGAUAUCAGGCUAAAAACACACCAACAAAAUCAACAAUAAUGAAUUUGGACAAAAAUGUGUUGGCCCUUAAAAAAAAAUGCUUGAAAGAAAGGUUGGCACGGCUGACACAAACAGACAGUGAAAUUAAAAAAAAUAACAAAAGAGGACACUUAAAUAAAAUACGGUUUGAAUGCGAAAAAGAAGAUUGUGAUCACACAAUUGGCCGAAAACAAAAUUUCAGUACGGAUAGCAUUCAGUGUUGCAUUGAAAUUAAAGGUAAUCCAAAAUAUCCAGAAUCCAUAGAGAAUAGUUCAGUAUCCAAAGUCCCUAUCCAGUCACACAGUACUCAAUACGAGCCAAUAGAAUUGUCCAAGGAAUGCAAAGACAAAAUCACAAAAGAUGUUUCAACAAGUAUUUCUAAAGGACAGCUAACACAAGCAUGUACAAAACCAUGCAUAAAAAUGACAAGUUCAAUAAGCUUGCAUAAGACCAAGCUAAAGAGAGCAGAAAGUGACAUAACACAGGUCACCCAUAAUUCCCAUCACAACAAUUCUUUGAAGUACUUAGUAGAUCAUAAUAGUAGAAACAAUGUAGGUCAUAAUACAUCCAGUGAUACUGAAACUAUGAAAACCAUCCUUGAGAAAAAAAUACGUUCACAUUCUACUGUUAGAGCAAAAAGUGCAGAACACCUAGACAAGAAAGGUAAGACUGAACACAAUAAACUUUUAAAUGCCAACAUUAGCAAAAAGAGUUGUAUAGUUCUAGAAAGGGUAAAGGAUGGCAAUGUAUUAACCAAUAAUAAAAAAGUUGAAAAUUCAGUUAAAUACAGCAAAAUGAUUCAAACCACCUCAGAUUUUGCCAAUAAAGAGAUAAACAAAAGUAGUUCAAAUAUUAAAAGAACUGGUGAAGUAAGUUUGCAAACGGACACUGAUUGGCAAGAAAAUUAUCGCAAAAAAAAGGAAGAAGAAGAAGAGAAUCAAAAAAGUUGCUCUACUCAAAAAAAUAAAGCACAUAUUUCAAAGAGUAAUGCAUCAAAUCAGGUAGAUAAAGCAUUAGAUUUAAGAAAAAAUAAGUUCCCCAAGGAAUCUAAACAUUGCUCGAGUGAAUCUUGCCCAGCAAAUUUUUACAAUCAGAGUUCUUACUUAGAAGAAAUUAAAAAAAGACUAGACAGUCUCAAUUGGUUGGAAUCAAAUCCAACAGGCCAAGAAAAAGACCCAACGAAAACAAUGAUGGAUUUCCUUUUCAACCUUAUUUCUCCACCUUUACCACAAAAGGGAUUAAAAAAGAAUGAAAAUUUAAAUUCAAAAUGUAAUGACAGUACUAAUCUAGACAGAAGUAAGGAUAAAAAGAAUGUUGAAUCCCUGAAGGGUAACAACGAAUAUCAAAUCAAAGAUUAUAAAACAUCAUUAAACCAAGUAAAAAAUUCCAAAGUUAAAUUAAAUUCAGGACCUUCUACUCUCUAUAAAGCUUCCAUUCAAAUGAAAGAAACCAGAAAUAUUAAAACAUCUAAUAAUAUAAAUAAAAUAAACGACAAAAUAAAAUUACUACCAAAAAAGAAUGGUGAAAGUUCUUUUAAAUUAAAAGGAUUCAGGACAGACAUAAAUUUAGAAAACAAAUCAAAUUUGAGCAGUAAAGGAAAAUCGAUUAUUAAGUCAGAUAAAAGCAAAGACCAUAAGUUCAAAAAUCAUAAAACACCUAUAAAUAUUGAACAACUACCAAACUGUGGGAUUCAAAACAGUCAAAUGACAGACUUUUCAACAGACAUGAAGCCAUGUGGAAAUAAUGUUUUCAAGAUUAUCUCUGUAUUACCAGAAGAAGGAAGGACUGUAAACACCAGCAAUAUUGAGUUUCCUGAAACAGGUUCUUUUAAUGGUAAAUCAGCUCAUUUAUUGUCACAGCGUAAUGAUGAAGUAAGAUUGUUGUCACGUAAUGUAGUAAAUAGAGGAGUAUCAACAUACAACAACAAAUUGCCUCAGAAAGAAGAUAUUGUGGCAGCCAUUGAUUCGAGUCCAACUGAAAAUAUAUUGAAAACGAAAAUAUACAAUCCAAUACUUGGUAGAUAUACUGAAAUAUUUAGAACUAUACAAGUAGAUAACAACAAAGUCAAACCAAACGCCCCGCCUCAUUGGAUAUAUGACAUUACAGACAACACAAUUAAACUAGUGAAAAAUGAACUCUCAAAUAAGACAAGAUCACUUUCUCUUCCUCAUACAACUGUCAACAAUAAUGAUCUUAAUAGAAGCAAACGAAGCUUAAGUUGUUCUCACAGGCUUAGAGAGAAACAUAAAAUAGAAAGUUUUAAUAAUUUCAAAAUUAUUAAUAUAAGCAAAGACUCCAUUGCUUAUGAAAAACAGCCUCAAUUAAAAAAUCCACAAAGUGAAAACAUAUCCAAUAAAAGUACCAAAGAUCUCCAUAAUAGGUCGGAUAAAUCCAUAAAGUAUAAAAGUGGAAAUCAACAAAAUAGUAAUAAAGCAUGUAUAAAAAAAGUGGACUCAUUUACUUGCAUUGAAGAGAAUAGCGCAAAUGGUAGCAUCAGUAGGAGAUAUAUUUUAGACAAUAUAAAUCCUCAGGAAGUUGAAGAAGAGAACAAAAGCUUUUACCGGAACCAUAACAGUAUAUCUCGAUUGGCAGAGCCUGAUUUCAACUUCAGAGAUUGCUAUGAGAGAGAGCAAUUAAGUAGAAUUGACGGUGGUUUCGCUAUUUGGAGAAUGGAGGCCACGUAUGAGCAAUUAAAUGAAAAAAGCGAAAAUAUUUUUGACAAAAUUGCUCAUAAUUAUUGUAAAAGAAAUGAAGAAUGCACAAAAGAUACAAAUUCAACUUCUGACAAAAGAGUAAAUCAUGAUCAAAGCCAAAAUUUUAAUAAAAAAAGUGAAACUAUUUUUAAGAAAAUUGUACAUGAUAGUUGUAAUAGAAUUCACGAAUAUGCAGAAGAUUCAGAUUCAACUUCUCGCAACAGUGUAAGUCAUGGUCACAGCCAGAGUUCAGAUAAAAACGGUAAAAUUAAAUACGAUAAAAUUGUACAUAAUUGCUGUAUUGGGACACAAGACUGUACAGAAAAUACAGAUUCAAUUACUGAUGAAACUGUAGAUCACAAUCUAAGCCAUAGUUCUAAUAAAAAAAGUGAAAAUCUUUUUGAGAAAAUAGUAAAUGCUAGUUGUAAUAAAACUCAAGAAUGUACAGAAGUCUCAGAUUCAACUUCUGGUAAAAGUGUAAAUAAUAAUCAAAGCCAAAGUUCAAACAGAAACUAUGAAAAUAUUUAUGAGAAAAUUGCACAUGAUAGUGGUAAUAGAACUCAAGAACUUAUAGAAGAUACAGAUUCAGCUUCUGGCAAAAGUGUAAAUCAUGAUAAAAGCAAAAGUUCUAAUAAGAAAAAUAAAAAUAUUUAUGAGAAAAUUGUACAUGAUAGUUUUAAUAUAACUCAAGAAUGUACAGAAAAUACAGAUUCAACUUCUAGCAAAAGUGUAAGUCUGGAUAAAAGCAAAAGUUCUAAUAAGAAAAGUAAAAAUAUUUAUGAGAAAACUGUACAUGACAGUUUUAAUAGAAUUCAAGAAUGCGCAGAAGAUACAGAUUCAACUUCUGGCAAAAGUGUAAAUCAUGUUCAAAGCCAAGGCUCUAAUAAGAAAAGUAAAAAUAUUUUUGACAAAAUUGUACAUGAUAGUUGUCAUGUAGCUCAAGAAUGCUCAGAAGAUAUGGAUUCAACUUCUGGCAAAAGCGUAAGUCAAGAUCAAAGCCAAGGCUCUAAUAAGAAAAGUGAAAAUAUUUUUGACAAAAUUGUACACGAUGGUUGUAAUGCAGCUCAAGAAUGUUCAGAAGAUGCAGAUUCAACUUCUAGCAAAAGUGUAAAUCAUGAUCAAAGCCAAAGUUCUAAUAAGAAAAGUGUCAAUAUUUAUGAGCAAAUUUUACAUGAUGGUUUCAAUAGAACACAAGAAUAUACAGAAGAUUCAGAUUCAACUUCUCGCAAAAGUAUAAAUCAUGAUCAAAAAAUCCAAAGUUUUAACAAAAAAAGUGAAAAUAUUUUUAAGAAAAUUUUACAUGAUGAUAAUAAUAGAACUGAAAAAUGUACAGAAGUCACAGAUUCAACUUCUGGCCAAAAUGUAAAUCAAAUCAAUCACGAUCAAAGCCAAAGUUUUAAUAAAAAAAGUGAAAAUAUUUUUGAAAAAAUUGUACAUUGUUGUAAUAAAACUCACGACUGUAUGGAGGACAGAGCUUCAAUUUAUGGUAGAAAUGAAAGUUGCAAUAAAAACCAAAAUUCUAAUAAAGCCAGUGAAAAUACUACUGAAAGUUAUUCUGAACAAGGUACUUGUACAAAAACACCUACUGUUACAUGUGAAAUGAAUUUUAGGACUUUAAGCAGUAGCAGUAAUAAUGAACUGUUAGUUAUUAAACCAGCCGAAAAAUGGCAAAUGACGCCAAGUAUGGUCAGUAUAAUGAAAAAACCAAGCCAAGGACCAUUUCAAGAUGGGAAUGUCGUUCGAAGAAAAACAAAUCUGAAACAUGGUUUGAAUACUACUAGCCAAAACAAUGUACGAAUUAAACAAAAAAGAUUGAAAAAACUAGCGACUAAUAAAAAAACAGACAAAUCAAAUAAAAAUAUUUUGAUAAAUAUGAAAUCAAAAAGUAAAAAUCGCACUGGUAAAAAUAUGCUAUUGAAAAAUCAGUUAGUCACAAUUUCAAGGAAUGAAGAAUUAGCAAUCUCGAGAACAAAAGAAAACACAGAAUAUCCACAAAAAGAAAAAUACUGUUUCUCAGUUCCACCAUAUUCUAAUUGUCCAAAUGUUUUGCAAUAUGCAGAUACAGCAAAUGUAGAAGGGGACUAUUUUUCAAAGUGCAGAGGGUUAGACCAGUUUUUCAAUAAAGUUCUAGAAAUCGGUUGCUCGCCAAUAGAUAGAAAAAGCCAGACAAAACCAAUAUUGGGAAACUAUUUAAAGGCUUUGAAUAAACUCUCAUAUAAACUAAGUAAACAUAUACGCUCAAUGAAACUUGCCUUGGAACAAGAAAAUCAGUUGGAAAUUAUUAAAGGAUUUUCAGCAAUAAACCCAUGUUUGACCAGCUCUAAUGGCUCAUGUCUGCCGAGAAAAUGUUAUCUUAAAGAAGCUAAGAAUUCUAAGAAAAGGCUCACAUUAUUUAACAUUCACAAGGAGCUUUCAAAUUUAAAAUAUAAAAUUAAUCACGUAUAUGCGCAUUUUCUGAAAUUGAAAACUUGCCUUUUUCAUGUAUUUAAGAAAAGAGAUGAGCAAGAGAAGAUCUUAAAAAUGGUUGAAGUUGAAUUGUCCAAACUUAGAUCAAUUGAAAAACAAAUUGUUUAUUUUUUGGAAGAUAUAAAGAACCAGUUAACCAAACAAAUUCAUUAUGUUCCCCAUCGUGCUAUUUGUGACAAUAAUGACAAAUGUCUAAAAGAAGAAAUGUUGGUAAAAGCAAAACUGGAGAAACUUGCCAAAACUAAAACCCGCCUCAAUGAGAAAUUGCAAAAAAUCAACACACUCAUUGUAACCCAAAUGUGGAACGAGUCAAACCCAGAAAAGAUGAAGACUAGUGAGAUCAUAUUAAAAAAAAAGCUGGAACACAUUGGAGCAGCCUUGAGAACUGAACUGGCAAAUAUUAGCAAAGUUUUAAAGGAGGACAAAGGCAAUUUGAGGAACCGUGCAAUUGACUAAUAAUCAGUUUUGAAGAGAGAC